UUCUCUCAAGCUUCCGUUGUUUCGUCCGUGUUGCUUCUCUCUCUCUCUCGCUCAUCUACGCGAUUAGACUCGAGGAUUUGUGCUAGGUUGAAAUGGCAGGACACAAGGUUGCACAUGCGACACUGAAAGGCCCAAGUGUGGUGAAGGAGUUAGUCAUCGGUUUGGCACUCGGUUUAGCUGCUGGUGGUCUCUGGAAGAUGCAUCACUGGAACGAGCAGAGGAAAACCAGAGCUUUCUAUGACUUGCUUGAGAGGGGUGAGAUCAGCGUUGUCCACCCUGAAGAGUAGUGAAUUCAACACCUACCAUUCAAUGUUGUCGGCUCUGGUUUUUUUUUUAUGUUAUUGUAUGGUUUCUGAGAAAAAAAGAGUUUGCUUAAGAAAUAAACACAACAAAUCUGAGACUGGAUUUUGGUGGAUUUGUUAAACAGACGUAUUGUUUUGAUGAGAUUCAUGGAUGCUACUGUGCUCUCCAUUGUUUAAUUUCAGACUGCUUUCUUGACUUUUCUUUAAACAAAAC